CUCUCUCCUCUACUUCACCCCCUCUCUUUCCUCUUCCCAUCUCCCCUCCCCUUUCUCUGUCUUCCCUUCUGCCGCUCCCUCUUUCACCCUCUCUCUCCCCUUCUCUGUCCACCUCUCUUUCCGCCCUCCCUCUUCCUCCUCUCUCGGCCACUCUCUCCCCGUCUCUACCUCUCUACCUCCCUCCCUCCCUCCCUCCCUCUCUCUCUCUCUCCCCCCUCCCUCUCUCUCUCUCUCUCUCUCUCCCUCACCCCCCACCCCCUCCCCUCCCCCCUCCCUCAGUCUCGUCCCCAGCCCUGGAUCCCUUGACUGCGAGGAAUGCCAGCACUCAGCAGCUGUGGCCGACAAGAGUGCCCUCGGAAACAUCUUUCUGUGAGCUGUCAGGGGUUUGACAAAUACGGAUAAUCAGGAGUUUACGACCCAGGCCCACACUCUCCCCGACGUUACCAGUCCUGGAGGAGGGAGCGAUACUAUGGGAGAUGUGUGUACUCUGGGGCCCACCCAACCCCCUCCCUCGACCCAGACACAGCAAAAGACCUACUGAUAAAAGAACUCAAACACGAGGAAAUCUGCAGAUGCUGGAAUUUCAAGCAACACACAUGAAAGUUGCUGGUGAACGCAGCAGGCCAGGCAGCAUCUGUAGGAAGAGUAGCACAGUCCCACGACAGCGGCGAGAAAGGCGAACCAAUCAGAGACUGGAACGGGUUAUGUUUGGCAUCUGUCUUGUCCAAUGACACCGUCAGGGCUGCGGGUCCGGGGGAGUGCCGUUGGUCGCCUCUGCGCUAAAGACGUCACUUAGAUGAGCGAGACGAACGGCGGACGUCAUUAGUGCGCGCGGAACCGGAGAGACGUUUUGGUGCGGAUCGUCGAGGCGCGAUGUCGCUGGCAGACGAGCUGCUGGCAGACUUGGAAGAGGCGGCGGGUGAGGAUGCGGAGGAGACGUACGUCGACGAGGAGGAGGAUGGUGUGGCUGUCGAGGUGCUGGAGGAGGAGAUGCCCGAGGCAGAUGCCGACUCCAUCAAGAGCAUCGCUAAGCUGCGGGACAGCAAGCUGUUUGCAGACAUCAUUUCCAAAGUGGGCGAAUACAUUGGCAAGCAGCGUAAAACAGAAGUGACAGGCCCCGUGGAAUCAGAUCCAGAGUAUAAGCUAAUUGUGGAUGCUAAUAAUCUGACCGUGGAGAUCGAUAACGAGAUAAAUAUAAUCCACAAGUUUGUCCGGGAUAAAUAUUCCAAACGCUUCCCUGAGCUGGAGUCCCUUGUUCCCAGUGCACUGGACUACAUCCGCACAGUCAAGGAAUUGGGGAAUAAUCUGGACCGGUGCAAGAACAAUGAGAACUUGCAGCAGAUCCUGACCAACGCCACCAUCAUGGUGGUCAGUGUGACAGCGUCCACCACACAGGGACAGCUGUUGACGGACGGGGAGCUCUCCACUGUGCUGGAGGCCUGCCGCAUGGGUCUGGAGCUGAACCAGUACAAACACCAGAUCUACGAGUACGUGGAGUCACGCAUGUCCCUCAUCGCCCCCAACCUCUCUGUCAUCGUGGGGGCCUCCACCGCCGCCAGGAUAAUGGGGAUGGCAGGCGGCCUCACCAACCUGUCCAAGAUGCCAGCCUGUAACAUCAUGUUACUGGGCUCCCAACGUCGGAGUCUGUCUGGUUUCUCCAGCACCUCCGUCCUACCCCACACUGGACACAUCUACCACAGUGACAUCGUCCAGUCCCUACCCCAGGACCUGCGCAGGAAGGCUGCCCGACUGGUCGCGGGGAAGUGCACCCUGGCUGCACGGGUGGACAGUUUCCAUGAGAGCACGGAGGCGAAGGUGGGCUAUGACCUGAAGGAGGAGAUCGAGAGGAAAUUCGACAAGUGGCAAGAACCACCUCCAGUGAAGCAAGUCAAACCACUUCCCGCCCCUCUUGAUGGACAACGGAAGAAGAGGGGAGGGCGCAGAUAUCGUAAGAUGAAGGAGCGAUUGGGUCUGACUGAAAUCCGAAAGCAGGCAAACCGCAUGUGUUUUGGCGAGAUCGAGGAGGAUGCCUACCAGGAGGAUCUGGGAUUUAGCCUGGGAACACUGGGGAAAUCUGGAAGUGGCCGGGUGCGAGCCGCACAGGUCAACGAGGCAACCAAAGCGCGGAUCUCCAAGUCGCUACAGCGGACACUGCAGAAGCAGAGCGUGGUUUACGGGGGAAAGUCUACCAUCCGCGACCGCUCCUCAGGGACUGCGUCCAGCGUUGCCUUCACGCCAUUACAGGGCCUGGAGAUCGUGAACCCACAGGCAGCUGAGAAGAAAGUGGCCGAGGCCAAUCAGAAAUAUUUCUCCAACCUGGCCGAGUUCCUGAAGGUGAAGAGGGAGAAGGACGACGUUCUGCAGAACGGAGCUGCUGCUGACCGGUGAGGAAGCCCGCUGCCCACGGGCGAGGGAGCUGCUCCCUGACGGCAGCUCGGGGGCGAAGUUACUGGAGCUGAAACCUGUAGAGGGGAUGUAAAAUAUAUUACCCUCCCAAAGCACCCCUGACCCGCUCUUCACCACUCCUCCAUUCCUCGCUCAGAUUACUGUGGGAAGCGUUGAGGUGAGCCCAUUCUUGUGGUCAUUUUGUUCCUGGGGGAGAUGAGGGUGGGGGGAGCGUGUGAGGAACAAAGAUGCCGAAGUCUGUAACAAAGAUAGCUUUAUUG